GCAGAUUCCGGGACAUCAUUAGGACUAAAGAAUUUGCGUAUAUUCCAUAAUAUAUUGACCUUCAUUUUUAAAGUACAUAGCCUACUUGCAUCACUAUUUAUAUUUAGUAUUUUUUACUUGGUACGAGUAUCAAGUGCGUUAUUUAUUCUUAUUUAUAGAGGAUCUGUAACAAUAACUAAAUCCUCUAGACUUGUAGCCUAUUGGUACCUGGAAUUAAUACAGCUAAUAAUUCAAAGAAAUUGUAGGUGGCCAUCUUUUCUGCCGGUUUACAGCGCAUAAGGGAUUUUCUUAUAACCUACCGAGACAUUCGGAACGCGUCGAAGAUGAAAGAAGCAAAAACAGAGAUGAGCAGGUUGAACAUCGCACCUGAUGAGGACAGCUGCGCAAGCUCCAACAGCAAUGAAUGUCCCAGUUACCAAGAUUGUGGAACCAAGAAAGCUCCAAUUGGCAGUAGCCAAUUUACUGACCUCGAGGCUGAGAGCCAGAACUUCUUGCCAGAGUACCACUUGAACAAAAAGAAGUAUGCGACGGAAUACGAAAACCCAGGAUCGGCCACCUUCGGGAUGUCUGUAUUUAACCUGGGCAACGCCAUUAUGGGGAGUGGCAUCCUUGGUCUGUCCUACGCCAUGGCCAACACUGGCAUUGCACUCUUUGUCAUCCUCCUGGUGGCCGUGUGCAUCUUCUCACUCUACUCUGUUCAUCUGCUGCUCAAGACUGCCAAUGAAGGAGGUUCCAUGGUGUACGAACAGUUGGGCUUCAAAGCAUUCGGGAUGCCAGGGAAGUUGGCAGCCUCCAUUUCCAUCACCAUGCAGAACAUCGGAGCCAUGUCAAGCUACCUCUUCAUUGUGAAGUAUGAGCUACCGAUCGUGAUUCGGUCAUUCGUCGGUGAGAGCAACGGGGAAUGGUACACCAACGGAGACUACUUGGUCAUCAUGGUCACCAUAGCGAUCAUUCUUCCUCUAUCGCUGCUGAAGAACUUGGGUUAUCUUGGUUACACCAGUGGCUUCUCUCUUCUCUGCAUGGUCUUCUUCCUCAUUGUGGUGAUCAUUAAGAAGUUUGAGAUCCCCUGCCCGCUGACCGCUGACAUCCUCAAUGCCACCAUCAAUGCCACUGCUAGCACACUAGCUCAGAUCAACACGACUGUCACGGACUAUAGCGAGGACACAUGCACACCCAAGUACUUUGUCUUCAACUCUCAGACUGUGUACGCCGUGCCCAUCCUGACUUUCGCUUUCGUCUGCCAUCCGGCAAUCCUGCCCAUGUAUGAGGAGCUGAAAGAUCGUUCCCGUAAAAGGAUGCAGGGUGUGGCCAACGUAUCCUUCAUGGGAAUGUUCAUCAUGUAUUUCCUGGCUGCUCUCUUCGGCUACUUGACCUUUAACGCCCACGUGGAGCCUGAGCUGCUGCAUACCUACUCCAAGGUCUACAAGUUCGACGUGGUGCUGCUCAUCGUGCGACUGGCUGUCCUGACCGCCGUCACUCUCACCGUCCCCGUUGUGCUCUUCCCCAUCCGCACCUCUAUCAAUGCUCUGCUGGGCUUCUCCAAGGAGAACUUCAGCUGGGUUCGCCACAUCAUCAUCACCAUGGGACUGCUGGCCGGAACCAACAUCCUGGUCAUCUUCGUCCCCACCAUCCGUGACAUCUUUGGAUUCAUUGGUGCCUCUGCGGCUGCCAUGCUGAUCUUCAUCCUGCCCUCUGCUUUCUACCUGAAACUGGUCAAGAAGGAGCCUCUGAAGUCCAUGCAGAAGAUCGGGGCCUCCAUAUUCCUGGUCAGCGGCUUCAUCGUGAUGAUCGGCUGCAUGACCCUCAUCAUCGUCGACUGGAUCCACACGGCCGGCAUGGAGCCCGAGGCACACGAUAACGGCCACCACUAGGGGGUGCUUUUCUGCAGAAGGGUUGAAUGAAAGCACCUGGAGAAAUACCACCACCCUGCUUUUGGUAGCAAGAGGCCUGCAGUGCCUCUUCACCCAGCUUCCCUUCAGAUGAAACGAAUGAUGAUUAUGAAACGAAAAACGAUCCGAACCGCUUUACAAACUGCUAGCAAAGAUGCUGGAGGAGGAGGAGGAGGAGGAGGAGGAAGUGAUGAAGAUUUAGUGUUGUUGCUCUUGUAUGACAGCACAGAGCAGAAAAACUUUACCAUUCUGAGAGAAUGUCCUGGACUUUGUACAGUAUGCUGUUAGGCCACAAAGUUGGUAUUGAUGUUUUUUCUUACAUAUAUGUGCUUUGUUUUGUUACUCUUUUAUUUUUUUGUUUCAUCGUUUUUUUGUGUUUGACUUAUUUUUUUGUUUGUUUGUUUUGGCUUUGUUUAUUUUUUGUAAAAAUAGUUCUGGUACGGUUUUAUCUUCUGAUGGUGCCUCACUCAAAGAUUGUAGUCAACUUUUUUAAGACAUUUACAGCUCGCAUUCGGGUGAUUAUCUGGAUGCGGGCGUUUUGUUUUUGUCUUUUUCGUCAGUGUUCUGGGUUGGCUAAGAGUCGGGUAACGUUAACCCAAAGCCAGGUGUGAGCCGGACACUCAGUCAAGGCAACAGCAGCAUUUGAAUGCAGACUGCACACUCUCUAACUAUACUCAAGGCAAAACAAGUGAAUUGUUGUCAUCAUAAUUUUUUUUACGGUUGCCAAAAAAUAUUUCUUACUGGUGUUUGUACCUGUAAAAGCACUUAGUAUUCAGCACACGUGAACGUUUUUUUUGUCGGCGCACAUGGUUGCUAGACAAGAAGACGAACUGUAUUUAAAUGACAAGGUUGGCCUUUCCCCCCCCUUGUUGACCGACUCGAUCUGUAAAUUACUCCAAUGAUGAAGUGAACAAAAAACCUGCUUAUUCAUAGUCGCUCACUGUAAGCUGGGGUGAGAAAACCAGUGAUUUUUUUCUUUGAUUAAUAACUGUAUCUCACUAUAUAACCUUAUUCAUGAAUUAGGCAGAAAAAAAAAUAUGUUGAGGAAAAAAAACUUAGUCGCUCAAAAAUGUUAGGACUGGACAUGUUUGUUGCUGUCAGAACUCCCACCAAGUGUGGAGCACUACUAUUGUUUUUCUUUAAAAAGAAAACUGUCUCUUUAAAGAAAAAAUAUACAUUUUUUUAUUGUUAAAACCACAUAUCGUGGUUGUAAUGUUACCUGUAUAACUUGCAAAGAAAAGAAAAAAAGAAGAAACUCUUUCUUAACUGUAAAAAAAACGCACAUAACCAAAAAAGAGGGUAUGCUAUUGCUGGCCUCCAUGCAGCUUCAUUGACUGUAUAAAUGAGCCUUCAUCCGCAAGUUUGUCACCAUUGCAGUGUUAACUGUUGGCAGCUGCUCAUUUUGGUAAAAAGAAAAAAACACGAACAGAAAGAGAGAGGGAAAAAAAGGAGCUUAAUGAAACAACACGUCAUGUCUGCUUGUCACUUUGUUGUCUGCCGUUCGUGCCCUGAAAUGUCAUUUUGUUUGCAGGCACAUUGGGGGUGACAUUUCACUGUGCUUCCAGUCGCUAACCUCAAACGAAGAAAAAAAAAGAAGAAAUGUCAUCCAAAAGUUUUAUUGUCCAGGAUUAUUUAUGAAAGAACAUCAUUGUAAUUUAAUCUAUUUUACUAUAUUUAUAUACUGUACAUAUGUGUAUAUAUGCUUCAUUUUAUGUUUUGAGCUUGUUUUUUUCCCUUUUUUUGUUUUUCGUUUUUAGUGGCAGUCUCUCAAGCCUUUUGAGAGACUGUCAGCCAGAUCAUGUCACUGUAGAGUUUUGUUUCUAAGAAGUCCUCUUUUACUGGUACAAAACCAUCGCUAAGGCUGCCCUUCACCCACUCUCUCUCGCACCAGCUUCACACCGCUAGCUAAUUGUGCUACUGUAACUCCACACUGAAUCCUACCUACAAACAAAAUCUUAAAAACAUCACAAAAAAUUAUAGAGGAAAUGGUUUACAUGAUCGGACAGCUGGCCGAUAUUGUCAGCGCCCUUCUAAUGGAGUUGGGUUGGGCCGGCACACACUUUAUUCACCCGUUGAAAAUGCUGUACGACUCCCUUACGGGCCCUGGGAGAGGGGAGAGGGCAUCCCUAUAAGUGCUACACUCUUGUUUCAAUGAAACACUAUGUAUAUCCUGUAAGAAUUGUCAAAAAUUAAAAAAUCCAAGAUAACCAAA